AUGAAUCCUCAGCACCGCCAGGGUGUGUUGUUCAAGGACCCUUCAGAGGACUUCCAACAAACCGAGCCUGAGGCGGAGCCCAAAGUGCCCUGGAGGGCGCCAAGAAAACCUACCAAAGCCGUAAAUCUAAAGCCGGUUGGAGGGAAAACGGCCCAAAACGUAAAGACCAAAAUAUCUGCUAGGCAGCAGCCACUCAAACCGCCUACUAAACACACAAAGCUUGUUGAGGAGAUCAAAGAGCCUGCUGAGAAAGAGGAGAUCAAGCCGCCUCCUGAGGAAAAGCAGGCGAUCGUAAAGCGUGCUAAGGGCCGGGCCAAAGUCCCUGACAAAUUCAGCGAGGGCGUCAGACGUUUUUUCUUCUCACCCACUGGAAUAUUGAAGAUCCUGAGAAUGGGUUAUAUCAUAGGAGCAUUAGCCUGUUUCCUAGAUGCUCAAGCCGUUGAGUCAUAUAUAGCAGUCACGGUUCUGGAAGUCGGCAUCGUCCUUUUUUUUAUUCUAACAUAUAUGCUAACCCUUCAACAUUUGAUGACUUAUUUACAUUGGCCCUUACUUGAUUGUAUCAACAGUAUCAUUUCAUCUGUCUUCCUCUUAGUAGUUGCUUCCUUUGCAAUGCAAGAAAAGAACAGAAGGCAUUUAUUCUAUGUUGGAGGGUCCCUGUGUCUCACAGCGGCAAUCGUGUGUGGCAUCGAUGCAUGUGUGGUCACCCAGAUGAUGAGGAAUAACAUGAAAAGAUUCCUGGGAGUCAAAACCAAACGCUGA